AUGGUAGAAGAAAUAUGUCAUAUUUGCAACGAUAAGUCAACUGGAAAGCAUUAUGGAGCAAUCAGCUGUGAUGGAUGUAAAGGAUUCUUUCGUAGGAGUAUUCGGAAAAGAUAUCACUAUACAUGUCGAUUUGAACAGAAUUGUGAUGUUACAAGAAAUAAACGAAAUGCUUGUCGAGCUUGUCGACUACAGAAGUGCGUAAAAGCUGGAAUGAAAAGUAAUGCAAUCCAAAAUGAACGGGACGCGAUAGGAAAAAGAAAAAAGACGCCAGAAGAAGGAAAAGAAGAUCUCAUUGAUCAAUUAGUUCAGGCUGAACAGAUGUGUCAACAGUUAAGAUCCAGUGUUAUUAAGAAUACAUCUUCUCUGGCGCCAUACGACUGUGGAAAAGUGAAAUGGAAUUAUGAGGAUGCGAGAUCAGCCACUUUAGAUGAUAUUGGAAAAUCUAUCCAUCAACAGUUGGUUCUUUUUAUUGAAUGGGCAAAAUCGCUGCCACAGUUUUCAUUCUUGGCUCAAGUUGAUCAGGCAGCUCUUCUGAAAGGUGGAGCAGCAUCCAUAAUCGUGUUGGGAGUGGCGUAUCGAUCGAUUCAUUUGGGAAUGGAUGAUACGAUUUGUUUGGCAAACGACACUCUUUUACCUAAAGAACAUGCCACUCAAGUUGGUGAUAUCAAUUGUGUUGUCGGACGAAUUCUUGCUGAACUUGUGAAUCCGAUGAGAAGAUUGGAUAUGGAUUUGGUGGAAUACGUUGCACUGAAAGCGAUUCUUUUCUUUAAUCCAGUUGUCAGAGAAUGCAAUGAUCAGACGUCAGUGGAGAAUGCCAGAUAUGCAUGUUUGAGGUCAUUACAGAGAAGGUGCACGGAUAAGGCAAUAGUAAAUCAGGAAGACGAUUCGCAGGAUUGUCGGAGUGGAAAACUUCUUUUGUUAUUGCCUUCUCUUCAGGCAAUCGCACAACAAUUGGUAGAAGACGUUCAACUCGCUCGUCUAUUUGGUCUUGUAAACGUGGAUUCUUUGAUGGAAGAACUGAUUCUGAACGACCUAAAACCUUCAGACCCCCAGAUUCUCCAAACGAGUCUUGCCUCUCCCGUCAACACGCCUUCCGUAAAAGCAGAAGUUGAAGUAGAAGAAUAG